GCCCUGCACCUGUGACUGCUGUGUGUGAGACAGACAAACUGAGGUAACCUGCAUGAGGGAGCACGAGGCAAGAUAGUGAGUGAGGAUUUAUUUGACAGUUUCACUUUGAGAAGCACGAUCUGAGUGGCACACAGCAGGACACUUCCUCCUUCCACCAUCGUUGGACCUGAGAGAUACAGAUGGAGGGAGUGCUGAUUUUAAAAUCUGCCUCUCCCCCCAGCUGUUCCUCUCACAGCCCUCCUCCUCUUCCACCAGAUGCUCAAGAAGGUCCAGAUCUCCCAUCAUCCUUUACUGUACCACCAUCACCACCACCUCCUCCCCCUCCUCUUCCCCUGCCCCCUCCUCCUCCUCCUCCUCUUCUUCCUCCCCCUCCUUUUGGCUCUCGUAAUGUCCAGCGACGUUCCAUGAAAAAGCUCAACUGGGACACAAUUCCCAGCCAGCGUGUCCUUGGCAAACUGAAUGUCUGGACGUCUAAACGGCCUCAGAGGGACCUUGUGCUGGACAUUCGAAGCAUGGAGGAGCUUUUCAGUCACGUGGACAAACGGGCCUCGCUGCACAGCUCAAGGGUCGUGGGUCUGAAGACGAGUGAUGGUGUGGACUUCUUUCCACAGGUCACAAUCCUCGACUCUAAAAAGAGUAUGAAUAUUGGGAUCUUUCUGAGACAAUUCAAGAGGCCAGUGGCCGAUAUUGUGCAGGACAUUUGUCAAGGGAACUGGCUCAGAUUUGGAACAGGCAAACUAAAAGAGCUUUGUAAACUGCUGCCAGAAGAAAGUGAGGUGAAGCAGCUGCUGUCAUUCAGUGGAAACCUCUCUGUGUUACCUGAGGCUGACCAGUUUAUGGUGCAGCUGGUCAAAGUGCCAGGCUAUGAGGAACGCCUAAAAAUGAUGGUGCUGAGGGAGGAAUUCUUUCCUCUUAUGGAGGAGGUGAAGAACUCUGUUGCUGUCAUGACCAAAGCAGCUAAUGAGCUGUUGGACUGCGAUGACCUCCACUCGGUCAUUCGACUAGUAUUAAAAGCCGGGAAUUACAUGAACGCUGGUGGUUACAGUGCCAAUGCCAUUGGCUUCAGGAUGACCUCUCUGCUCAACCUAGCAGACACCAAGGCCAACAAGCCUGGCAUGAACCUCAUGCACUACGUUGCCAAGCAAGCGGAGGACAUCGAUGCUGAGCUGCUGACUUUUCCCACCCAGCUUGAAAACAUUGGCAUGGGAUCAAGAAUUUGUAAAGAGGACAUCAUCGCAGACUUUGAGAGGGAAGUCAAGAGGAUCAAGGAAGUGAAACUGUUCAGCAGCAGACAGCCUGGUCUCUUACAACAAAUGGAGACAUUCCUCAUGAGGGCCGAGGCGAAGCUGGCCGAUGUGGAGUCCUCUCUUCAGGAGCUAAAGGCUGUGAGCGACGCCGUUGCUGAGUACUACUGUGAAGACCCAGCUACUUUCAAACUGGAGGAGUGCUGCUCCAUCUUUCAUUCAUUCUGCAAGCGCUUUGACACAGCUGUUAAGGAGAACCGAGAGCGAGAGGAAGCAGAGCAGAGACGCAAGCGAAAGGAGAGCAUGCGUAUUGUAGCCAAACGCCGCUCAACAGUGUCCCGCACAGGACCCGAGCCUGAUCAGGACUCCUCCAGCUUGGAGUCGGUCUUGCACAGCUUUCUUUCCACCGUUCCAGAGGGAGUAAGCAGAUGCAGAAAGAAUACACUGCCUGCAAUUGCAGGAUCCCCAUCUGAGUGCAGCUCUCAGACUGUUCCGUCAGUAGACAAAAAUGAGGCUACGCCCAGUAAUAGACAAGAGACACCUGAGAAGAAACAACCCAAAUUGCAGAAAGAGGACAAGGAAAUGGCAGAAGCAGAAAACAAAGAAGAAGCUGAGAAGAUGCGUGAGAUAACUCGGAAGGUGCUUCACUACCAAAAUGGCAAAAGCAGCGCUGAUGGGGACAGAGUGUCAGGCACUCCUCCUCGGUCUAAAGGAGCACAAGAUACACCAGCAACCCCAAGUACCCCUCGCUCUACAACAAGAGACUUCUUAUUUACCAACAAUGGGGAUGUCGGCUCCCCGUGGACUAUCCUGAGCCCUUUUACUUGCUCCCCAAGAAACACUUCCCAUCGAAACCGACAAGCACACCUACGCAGACAAUCCUCAAUGCCAGCUGGAGAUGACCUUGAUGAUGGAGUCUGGGAGAGUGACAGAGGCAAUUAUCUCCCCAAUUCUUCCAAUCGGGACAAUCAGACAACUUCAUCUGGGGGUUCUGCGUCCCUUCCUGAGUGCCGCAGUCAGAGAGCUGUGUCGCAGGGUCCAAUCCUCAGGUCUGCCUCCUUGGACGAAACCAGACGAUCUCCAGCAUUCCGGCUGGGAAACUUGUUCCAGAAAGGCACGUCUCAAAGGUCAUACUCCUCUGGAUCAACGACGGAAAGCAUGAGAGAAGAAGGAGCAGGAGUCAGUUCACUGCUUGGCAGGAAGGCAGGGAAUCAGGUCGAGGGUCAAGCGAGCACUUCUGGGUUCAUAUCCUUCUUCAGACGCAUUGGAGGCAGAAAUAAGACUGGUGAUGUGGAGGAACAAAACAUCAGAGGAUCGAAUACUUGAUUCCAAAUUUUAUCUAGAGACAGAGUACAAGCUUUGUCAUUUUUAUGUGUUUGUUUGUCUAUUUUUAUUGUUAAGGUUUUACCCUUCAGUGAGCCCAAAGUAAAGGGGAACUUGCUUUGAACUGUGAAAGUUUUGAUUUUGUGGGAGUCAAACCAUAUUCAGAAAUCUUUUUUUUUUCUUUUUUGUCUUUUUCUGUGCAAUAAAGGGUGUCAU